AUGGCCCCCCACUCAAUGCCGCAGCCACCCGCUUCUCUCUCCGGCAGCAAUCUCAAGAUCGGCAUCGUGCACACCCGCUGGAAUUCGGAGGUUGUCGAUGCACUCGUCCAAGGCACACGCAAUCGUCUUCUCUCACUCGGAGUUAAGCCUGAGAAUGUAAUUAUCCAGCAGAUCGCUGGUAGCUGGGAAUUACCGAUUGCGACCAAGAAGAUGAUUCUCGCUGGUAGAGUUCAGCAAGGGCAUUCACAGAACCUGCUCUCGGGUUUAGAUCCACUCAGCUCUCCAGAGGCUCCGGGCGCAUCAACAGACACAGCUUCAGCUACUAAAGUCGGCGAGUUCGACGCUGUAGUAUCUAUCGGUGUCCUCGUGAAAGGCAGCACACAACACUUUGAAUACAUCGCUGGAGCUGCGACUGACGGCCUCAUGCGCGUCAGUCUCGAUGAGAACACCCCCGUCGUAUUCGGCGUGCUCACUUGCAAUAACGAGGAACAGGCUAGAAGCAGAGCGGGUUUGGUGCCAGGUGGCCUCGAAAAUCACGGUCCUAGUUGGGCAGACUCGGCUGUUGAACUCGCUGGUCUAUCGGCAAAGUGGAGUAAAGGGGUGUUUGAAUGA